AUGGCCUCCCCAAGUUGUUUUACUUCCAAGUAUUACUUCAAGGAUAUUGUUCUGAACUGUGAAGAGUAUACAGAACUGGUUGCUGAGUUUAAAAAAUAUUCAGAAGGUGAUCAUAAAAAGCUGGUGCUGUCACAGACUUUUACAGAUGCAAUAUGGAGAGUAAUGCAUGGACACACAGGCUUAUGCCAUUUAGCAUUGGAAGAACUUACAAAAGCUCCUAAAGAUUGGGUGGGAGACAUUGAAUCUGAAGCAUUGCAAUUUAUUUCAGAUGGUUGCCCAGUUGUGGAACAAUUCUAUCACAAAGAGUAUAUCAGAACUUUUAUUUAUCCCAAUUCAGCACCACCAUUAUCACCUGAAAUCAGUCAGCAGGGGAUAUCACAAUUCGUGUUCAAUGUACUAAAAAAACUUGAUGGAAGUUUAUUGAGAUCAACUUAUUCUAAGAGUGUGGAUGGGACUUAUAUAGAGAGAAUAUAUCAGAAUGAAUUUUAUCGUGGAGCAUGGAUGGUUAUGCCAGCAAGGUUAAGCUGUGAUGUUGGUACCUACUUUGGUGUGAAAGGGGCAGUUGACUUUUACCUGAAUGACCGGUUUCAAUGGGCUUUUGAACUCCUUAGGGAUGGAAAGAGACUUAGAGAACAUUCUGAAAGAUUUCAGCCUAACAAAAGAUAUGGUCAACUAAAGAUGAAGGAUUGGGCAGUGAUUGAUUUUUGUGUGGAGGGAACAAGUGCUGCUCGGAGCAAAUUUCCACAAGAUAGCAAUCAUUAUCGUUUGGUUGUUGGGAAAAGUUCUGAUCAAGCUACUUUGUACCAUAACAAUACAACCACUACUUUUGAUUUAAUGCAAUCAAGAUG